AUGUCUUCGGUACCUCCAGUCGACGAUUCGCAAGACCAAAGACAACAGGAGGGAUCUCCAUCUCCGCCGCCACCGGCCCCUGUGCCCCUCGCGCCCGGCCCCCGCGCAUCUCGACUUCAACAAGUCUUUAGUGAAGCACUCCUUCGCACGAUUCGAGCGAAUUCAUACGCCAAUUUCUCAUCCUGCUUUCCCACACCAGCCAAACACGUACCCCAUAGUCUCGAGUCGGUCUGGAGACAGCUGAAUGCGAAAUUGGAACAGAGUGCAAGGGCGGAGUUCGACGAUGUGAUCCGCGAGAGGGGGGUGGUCAAAGGCCUCAAUGAACUAGACCUGCUGGUCUCGCAGGCGAAGAGGAAAAAGGAACAAGGAGAGCAGGAAAGCGGUGUUGCGCCACAUACCCUAGGGGCUACUGAGCUGUACCAGGCGCAUCUCACGCCUUACCUUGCGCAGGCGCAGCAGUCGCUGGAUUUGAAGCUGGAAGAGACUGAAAAACACAAUAUCCUGCUGGCUGAAAAGAUACAGCGCCAGAAGGAGGAAAUCCGACAGCUACUUGAGGGAAUGGAAGCCAUUGUUGGAGACAUCGAGGGGGCAGCGAAGGCCAUGCAGGAUUUUGACCCGGAUAACAGUCUACGGCAAGAAGCGGAGCGCAUGGAUGAAGAGAUGAACUCUGUUCAGCAGAGUUGA